CUACAUUCAGUCUUUGCCUGUAUACUCCGCUGUCUGACUUCUCCGCUCUCAUUCUCUAGAAGAUGGCGGACUGCGCUUCACUGUUAGAUGAGGAGCUCUCUUCCUUUGUCUUCAAUUACCUGACAGAAAACUCCGGGAGCCAGUAUGGGGAGGAGGAGGUCUGCUCGGACCGCCUGGACACUGACUUCCCUGACAUUGACCUCUCUCAGCUGGACGCCAGCGACUUUGACUCAGUCAACUGCCUCAGCGAGCUCCACUGGUGCAACGACCAAUCAGACAUCUCUGCUGCCUCCAUCCAGUACAGCACCGGAGACCCUGAGUUCUUUGAGAUAGAAGAUGAGAAUGCGGCGCUGCUGGCUGCUCUCACAGACAGCCUGGACGGCAUGGUGGAGGACGAGGUGGGGGGGCUGUCUGUGUUUCCCUCGCUGGGGGAGGGGUCCGAGGAGGACCUUCCCUUCCCUUCAGGCUGCCUGAGUGACGGCUCCCUGAGUGACGGCUCCCUGAGCUCAGAGACAGAAGCCCCGUCUCUACUGAAAAAGCUCCUGCUGUCCCCCCCCAACGUGCCCACGGGCCUGGAAUCACACAAAGAGGGCAGCAGCAACAGCGGGCAUCGCCAUUGCAGCAGGAGCCUGCAUCUAAAACCUGUCAGGCCUUUGGUUAAGCGUGAAAGCACACAAGAGCGUAAGCCCCGAGCGGUGCGACCAGCAGGACGUCUGUGCACAGAGCUCCACCGGCACCUGACCUCUGCACAGGAGGCGGAAGACACUCCUUCAGCCGACACAGAGGAUGAGGAGGACGAGGAGGAAGAUGAUGACGAUGAGGACAGUGAGUCCGAGGAGGAAGAAGAGGAGGAGUCUUCGAGCAGUGAGAGUGAACGCUCCACUCCCCUUGAGCCCACCAAGCCCCAGUUCUCCUCGGAGAAAGAACUCAAAUCUGUUGUGGAGCUCAUCAAGUAUAUGCACACAUACUGCCUGCCCAUGCGCAAGCAGGCCGGCUGGGAGCGCAAGGAGCGCGAGUGCCCAGGCCAGGUACGCAGGGCCAGGCCCGAGUGCCCCACAACCCUGAUCCACCCGAACUGUCACAAGGCUGCCCCCCAGGCCCAGAGCAGCGCACCUCGGCCGCGCCUCGCCUUUACCCGCAGACGGGAGGUGAAAGCCAACUCUCUCCUGCGCGAACUGCUCAAAACGGUCAACUCCUUUGACGUGAGCAAGCCUUACAGACUCCACAGCCCCCCCUACACCCAUAACAGAGAUGCUAUCACCAAGCCAGCGCAUGACAGAAAGACUGAGACCCCUAGCCCGACUGCCAGCUCAAUCAAACCAGAGCUUAUGAAAGAGCGCGGCCUUGAGGCCCCUCUGAGCCCUGAUCUGGAGGACGCCUCCUUCUCAGUCCGUCGCUCCCGCAGGCUCGCCUCUUUCCCCAGCCGCUUCGCCAAGAAGGUGCGUGCAGGCCGGGUGAGGGAGGAGCCUGCGUCCGGGGAGCGGCGCCCUAAUGAGGAGGACAAGGCGGUCAAACACCCCCUGGUAGACGACCCGGAGAAAGACUCCGCCGCCAAUAACAACAGUACUUCCCAAACCACGGCAGACGCAGCCGAACCCGAUAACCUCUCCUGUCAAAACGAGAAACGGUCCUGCCUCUGUCUGCCGCUGACUCCCAAAUCUACCGGAGAUACACAGUAUGCCAACAGGCCCUUUGAGCAGACUCUCAGCGUGGACCUGUGUGGCACAGCAGGCCUCACCCCUCCCACCACCCCCCCUCACAAGCAAGUGGAGGACGAGCUGUUCAAGCCAGAGGGGAAAGGAGAAUCCACACCGAAGGGCUCGUGGCUGACCCGGGCCCACUCCCGCAAGCUCCCCGAGCAGACUGAACUCUACGCCCAGCUCCGCAAGAUGGGCCAGGCCAUCGAUGCAGAACCCAAAGUCCACAGGACGUUCGGAGACCACGACUACUGCCUGCUGAGUCUGGGGGAGAGCCGGAAGAGAACCGCCGCCAUGCUGGCCCACUCGCUGUUCGGACGCUCCUCUCCGGAGGGGCCAGAGCCUAAGGGGGACAAGGCUGAGCGCAGGGUCCAAGGGGACAAGAGGCUGGAACAGCAGCGUGAAGACAGGCUCUUUUCCAAGGUGCCAGAGUACCUGAGUAACGGUAACAGGGCUGACAGAAAGGGGGACGCUUUAUCCCCCCACAACUCAGAUGAAGCGGGGGAACGCUCCUCCCGUUCACCCUCCCCCAUUCUCCACUCCAGCUGCUGCCAGCCCCACUCGCCUAGCAGCAAGCCCGACUUCAGCUGUGAGAACUCUGAGACGUGCCACGGAGACAAGCAGAGAAACAAAAUCUCCAAGUCUGUGUUUCAAAUUGACGAGGACAACUGCCAAGUGUUCUACAUACACAACCUGCCAAGCAGCGUCACACAAACGAUGCUGCGCAAACGCUUCGAGGCCUUUGGAGACCCGGAGGACUGCAAAGUCAUCACCAAACACGAGGAACGCUGUGGAGUCAUCAAGUUCCGUCCGGCACCCAGCGGGCAGCAGAUCCAGAGGCACAGACGAGAGCCGCUUUUCCAGAAUGGAGCGGGUGGCAUGCACAGGCUCAGCAGGAAGAGAUACAUAGAUCUGGACGAAGCUGGACCAGGGCCGGUGAAGAGCAAGUAUGACGCCCUGGACUUUGACACCCUGCUGAAGGAGGCCCAGAAGAGCCUGCAUCGCUGACGGUGACUCGGCUGGACUCGCCUUAGAACCCUCAUACCACCCCCAGACUCGGCUCAGUACCUCAACCAAGGCACCUCGUCAUGUUUACAUUUUUAACAUUGGAUUAAGAAACGGACCUAGUCUCUUUCAGCUGAGGAUACUACAGAGGAAGCUAGCGGGGGUUGGAGGGAUGGAGAAAAAAAAAAGCAACGAAACAACAUAAAAUGUAUCUGAACACAAAAAGCUGCUUCCUGUCUGUGUUCAUGACUUUGUUGUGACUCGUCGUGGUCCCGUUGAGAGCCGAUGGGCGUGUGGGCGGGCGAGACCUCUGUAGCAAACCUUGCUCCCUCCGUUGGUCGUUGUGGUGUGUGUGUCUGCGUGUGUGUGUCGUUUUUUUGUACCCCCUUGGUCACUACUGGUGGAACUGCAAGCUGUAUUCGCCAUUACGUUGUACGGUAUAUAACAAAACCUGCUUAAUAUUAGCAAAAUUGUGGAUGUUCAAACUGUGUGUGUUAUGACAUAAAAUACAAAACCAAAAAAAAUCUUUGGAACAGCUUAAAGUUUACAAAUCGAAAAAUGAAAAGAAAAAAAAUCUUGUUUUUUGUCAUUUUAGUGCUUCCUUGAUUUAAUCUAUGCACUCUAAUGAGGUAAUCGUGUUUCCUCACUCGACUUCUUCCCCCUACUCUGCCACUCAACACUGCUAUGCUGUUGGCUGCUUUACUCUAUAGGUUUCCUAUUCACUGCUGCUGAGCUAGCCACUCUCACAACCUGGUUACGCUGAUCUUGGAUGGCAGUCACUUCCUAUCCUACCAACUCCACAUAAAUGGGGCUAUGACAACUAACACUAUUAUGUCAUGAAGUAAACGUCAAGGCAUAUUUACCAUAUGAAAACUCACUCACUCUCCAGAGCAAAAUCACAAUCUAUCCCAGCCAAUUCUCUGCACUGUUUGUACUAUCUGAACAUGUCUGAUAUCAAUCAGUAAGCGCAACCCAGCCAAGGACAGAGCAGAAUCAGACAUUUACUCCAGGUUCUAGAAUAUACCUUAUACUAUAGUAAUGGAAUGUACACCUCACUGAUCUGAAUGUAGAGCCCUUACCCGAAUCCAAGUCUCUGGAGUUGUGCUCCUUAAUAGAGCUCCAUUGCAGCCCGUCUCUUUGUGAUGCACCCAGCAGCAUAGCUGAGGGAGAGAGCGUCCAAGGCUCACCGUACCAUUAACACCAGAGAGAGGGGUGGUAAAUCAAAAGUCUGUUGAACUCUGUUGGAUUUUCCCAGAGAUAUGGAUGGUACCACAUCAGACAAGCGUCUCCACCUAAUUUAGAUCCUUCCCUCUUCGUCUCGGGUGCUCUCUCCCUCGUUUUAUUCUUGCUCUUCCACCUCUGAAACACUAAUUUACUUCUCCCAAUCUAUCCUUUCUUAUUGGUGGAGGAGUUCAGCUUGCUUUUCCUACUAAAACUCCCAUAACUCGCCUCGUGGCUAAAAACUCAAAAUAGUUUGCGUGUCAGUUUUCGGACCGUGUAUCCAAUGUGUACCUGAGUGUGUCGUCUGUCUGUCUCGUGUUCGGGUUGGCGCUGCCAUCGCUGGGGAUCCCAGGAGGACCAAUGGCCCUCUGGUGUGCUGGGAGACUGAAUACCAAUUUUCUUCUCUCCCGCUCUCUUUCUUGUUUUCUUCAAAGACCAGGUCCCCCUGUCCCCCAGCCCCUCAAUACUGUACAGCCUAGCUCUUCUGUGUGUGGGCAUGGGGCCUCGUGCUGCCCCAGCCUUGGCAAACCUCCUUUUUUUCUAACAGAUUAUCCCUGUGUCUCUCUCUCUCUCUCUGUCUCUUCCCCAUUUAUCUAAUCUUCUCCAUUUAUCUAAUCUUCUCCUCUGUAACACACAUGAAAUUGAAUGUUUACAUCACUGAAUUCUCGUUCGACUUUAUUAGAGCGCACACUAAGUACAAAGACGCCUUAUUCAGUGUUAGAGUAUCCUAUCAGGAUGUGCCUUCGUGGCUUACCCUAGUAGGUUUACUAAAGAAAAGAAAAAAAGACAAAUAUUUAGUGCUAUACAUACUGAUAAAAAAAUAUAUUUAAAAAAACUUGCUAAUCAAAAGAAGAAAAGCUGAAUAACUAUUUGUGCUUAGUAUGUAUACUACUAAAAAGUGAGAGAAUGUGCUGGUUUACAUGAUAAAAAAUUAAAUAUGAUAUAUAAUGUGUAUAUAGCACUAUACGUAGUGUAAACAUGAAAUGUAUCGUUGUGUCUAUACAGCGAUUUGUAGAUGUGCAUUAUAAGGGUGGUGGGACACCAUUGCAAAUCAGACUGGCAAGGAUAAACUGUUUAAAGAUGCAAGGUUGAACAAUACAGGGAGUAACUGAACUGAAGGGAAUUUAUUUUAAAAUGACUUGACACAAGUCAAACACUGUUGUAUAAAGUAUCCCUUUAGAUAUGCUAUAGAAAGUUGAAUUUCUUUUUUUAAUGAUUUCAAUAUUUUUGAUGAUUUUUCUUUUUUUUACGCAAUUGAGAUGCAAUACAUAUAUCUAUGAGACAGCCUUUCUCAAAGAUUGGAAGUGGUUAUUUCAGUGGUUGGUUGUUAAAAUAAAUCCUUGAAAACUGAUCCUGUACUGUACGCUGUAAAACUGCUGUUAAAAAAAGAUUAAUAUAUAUAUAUAUAUAUAUAUAUAUAUAUAUAUAUAUAUAUAUAUAUAUAUGAAAUGACAAAUAAUAAUGUGGUCAGUCAUGCCAUACAUCAAAAAAUCAUGUAUAACAAUAAUACCAUUGCACAUAAAGCCCCAAAUAAUGAAAUAUCUGUUCACAACUUUUCAUGAAAGGAGCUAGGCCUAUUACUGACACAUGUUGUUGGUAGACAGGUUGCUAAACUUGUUGAAAUUCAGUGGACACUCGUAUAAUGAUUGGCAACUUGUGAACAUGUAUGACUGACUAUUUUUGGAGAGAGGGAACGAAAACAGUCACUGAGCUUUUUAGCCCCCGUUGAAUUUUCAGACUACUUGAUGCCAGUGAAGUCCUUCCAUCAGUAGAAUUGAAUGACAACAAAACGAUUUCUCACGAGGAGAGCCUUAAAACAAAUAGGGGGAAGCUAAAGCUAUCACUAUAGCUUUUAAUAUUACCGUUUUAUCUCCUUUCAAAUCCAAUGUGUUUUAUUAUUACAACUUUUUUCAAUACAGCCAUAUUAUAAAAGGUAUAUAAAUAUAUAUACAUAUGAAUAUAUAUUUGUGUGUUUGUGUAGAUAUUAAGAUGAUUAUAUACUUUCUUAUAGAAAACUUUGAUGUUGACCAUUUUCCUCAGUGUUUCAGAGCACUUCGGCACAUUUCAACAACUACUGUCAACCUAGGAUUUGUUAGGUUGAGAGAUGAUCCAAAUUGAACCCCUUCCAAAGGUAACCCUCGUCAGAACAGAAUGCAAUUCUUCCCAUUCUUCAUUUCAGAAAAUGGCAAGAAAUGAACUUGAGGCAAGUUGACCAAAACAAUAUUUGAUGUUGGCUUUAAAUCGAAUUCGGAGAGCCUUGUCAGAUUGAUUUUCUAACUGUCAUUAUCCAACUACAUAGUCCACACAAAUACAUAUUUAAGUUUUCCGAUUUUAUUUCAUUGGGAAAUGUCUCUUUAAACUCACCAUGUUAAUAAACUUGCCCUAUAGAAAGAAAGUGCGUGCAAUACUGGUCCUUGAAUCACCACUGUUCACUGUACUCUGGAUGUAAAUGGCCAUGUGUAUUAAAGGUUAUUUUGUAUCCCAAACAGACAGAGCGCUUUCUGUCAACACACAGAAAACGUCUGAUAACAUAAUGGUAAUGUGAUGUCAAUGGCCACUUUGGAGGCUGCAAACUGUCAAAAUCUAGCUAGCGGUGGGCAGGUCUUUGGUGGAAGACAAAUUGACAUAAAAGGGCAUACAUUGUUUUUCUUAUUUAGAUUUUUUCAUUGCUAUUGAUCUAAUAACUAUCAAAAUUCACAAAAUGAUUUCCUUUUUUAAUGUAGUUUGGUAAACGGUAAAUACUGCUAGUAAGAUUUUAUAUUUUUACAUCUGUUGGUUUAUUUUACGUUUAUUAUUUUUUAUUUAUACGCCACUUAGUUUGGAUGUCUUUUAAUGGUGUUUUUCCCCCUGUUUUGUGUGAUUUCAGAUGUCUUCAGAAUGUGGAGACAAAAUGCAUUUCAGUACUUUUGAAUUGUUAAAAUCUAGUUUCGUAGAUACAUUUAUCUAUAGACUGAAAUGAUCUGAUGUUAUAAAUUAUAUUUUAAUUCAUGUAAAUAGUUUCAAAAUGAAGACUAUGGCUUCAUUUUAAACUGAAUACAUUUCUCUUCAGAGAUUGUUUACAUUAUUAAACUGUAGAAAUGUUCCUCAUAUACUGUAAAAAGUACAUAUUUUAUUGAUUUGCCUCCAAAAAAUAAAACCCUAAUGAACAACA